AUGCCGGUGUUUCACACCAAGACCAUCGAGAGUAUCCUGGAGCCGGUGGCCCAGCAGAUCUCCCACCUGGUCAUCAUGCACGAAGAGGGGGAGGUGGACGGGAAAGCCAUCCCAGAUCUGACGGUGCCGGUGGCGGCGGUGCAGGCGGCAGUCAGCAACCUUGUGCGGGUGGGGAAGGAGACUGUUCAAACCACCGAGGACCAGGUGAUGAAGAGAGACAUGCCUCCUGCGUUCAUUAAGGUGGAGAACUCGAGCUCUAAGCUCGUCCAGGCGGCUCAGAUGCUAAAGGCAGAUCCGUACUCUGUUCCUGCGCGAGAUUACCUGAUCGAUGGGUCCAGAGGGAUACUGUCUGGAACGUCCGACCUGCUCCUUACCUUUGAUGAGGCUGAGGUGCGGAAGAUCAUUCGCGUGUGUAAAGGUAUCCUAGAGUAUCUGACGGUAGCUGAGGUGGUGGAGACCAUGGAGGACCUCAUCACUUACACCAAGAACCUGGGACCAGGGAUGACCAAAAUGUCAAAGAUGAUUGAGGAGAGGCAGCAGGAGCUGACGCACCAAGAACACAGACAGAUGCUAGUCAGCUCCAUGAACACCGUCAAAGAGCUGCUGCCUGUUCUUAUAUCAGCUAUAAAGAUUUUUGUCGCAACCAAGAGCAGUCGAGGUGCCGGCGUUGAGGAGGCAGAGAGGAACAGAAGAUUUACCUUUGAAAAAAUGAGCGCUGAAAUCAACGAGAUCAUAAGAGUCUUACAGCUCACCACGUGGGAUGAAGACGCCUGGGCCAAUAAGAAGGAUAUGGAGGCUUUGAAGAGAUCUUUGGCUUUGAUUGAGUCAAAGAUGGCACAAGCUAAAAGCUGGCUCAAGGACCCCCAUGGACAACCAGGAGACCCCGGUGAGGUUGCGCUGCGUGUGAUACUGGAUGAAGCUGGUAAGGUGGGAGAGCUGUGUGCUGGGAAGGAGAGGAAAGAUAUACUGGCAACCACUAAGGCUCUGGGGCAAAUGACUGACCAGAUUGCAGAUCUACGAGCCAGAGGCCAGGGCCCAACCCCGGGUUGCAUGCAGCGUGCAGGCCAGUGUUCACAGGGCUUAGACUUGUUAUUUGGCAAAGUGGACAGUGCUGCCCGCAGAUUGGAGGCUCUAAUCAAUGCCAAGCAGGCCAUUGCCAGGAGGCUGGAUGCUGCACAGGCCUGGCUAGCUGAUCCUAAUGGUGGUCCUGAAGGGGAAGAGAACAUCAGAGCACUACUAGUGGAGGCCAAACGUAUCGCUGACCUGUGUGAAGACCCCAAAGAGAGGGAUGACAUCCUGCGCUCCAUCAGUGAGAUCGCAGGCCUCACCGCCAGACUUGUGGAGCUACGCAAACUGGGUAAAGGUGAUAGCCCGGAGGCCCGUGCAUUGGCAAAGCAGAUUGGGGCGGCUCUGCUCACCCUGCAGUCCAAAACCAACCGGGCCGUAGCCAACAUGCGACCAGCCAAACCUGCCGUCACCUUGGAGGGCAAGAUGGAGCAGGCCCUCCGCUGGGUGAGCAACCCCGGAGUGGACGACAGAGGAGUAGGUCAAGCAGCAAUCAGAGGAAUGGUUGGAGAAGGGAGGAGGCUGGCAGGAGGCCUGUUAGGACCGUAUCGACAGGAUAUGAUUGGACGCUCCGACCGAACUGAGGCUCUAAUGACAUCCUUGGCAGACAUGGCUGGCAGGGGCGAGGCUGAGUCUCCUCAUGCACGAGCUACAGCCGCACAACUGCAGGACAGCCUCAAGGACCUCAGGCAGCACAUGCAGGAGGUGAUGACCCAGGAAGUAUCCGAUGUUUUCAGUGACACCACCACCCCGAUCAAACUGCUGGCGGUGGCUGCAACUGCUCCUCCUGAUGCCCCCAACAGGGAGGAGGUUUUUGAAGAGCGUGCAGGGAACUUCGAGGCCCACGCAGGUCGGCUGGGGGUGACCGCUGAGAAGGCUGCUGCUGUGGGAACAGCCAAUAAGAGCACAGUAGAGGGCAUACAUGCUGCUGUGAAACAUGCCAGGGAGCUCACACCACAGGUGACCUCUGCUGCUCGGAUCUUGUUGAUGAAUCCUGGAAAUAAAGCAGCGUACGAGCACUUCGACACUAUGAAGAACCAGUGGAUUGACAAUGUGGAGAAACUCACUGGUCUGGUGGAUGAGGCCAUCGACACCAAAUCUCUGUUAGAUGCUUCUGAGGAGGCUAUAAAGAAAGACAUCGACAAGUGCCGAGUUGCCAUGGCGAAUGUUCAGCCCCAAAUGCUCGUUGCCGGGGCAACAAGCAUAGCGAGACGAGCUAAUCGGGUCCUGUUGGUGGCUAAGAGGGAAGUGGAGAACUCUGAAGAUCCGCGGUUCAGAGACACAGUGAAACAUGCGUCAGACAUCCUCUCCCACACCAUCUCACCCAUGGUGAUGGAUGCUAAGGCAGUGGCCGGGAACAUACAAGAUAAAGCUCUGCAAAAAGCCUAUUUGGACUCGUGUCUGAGGAUCCUGGCUUCAGUCGGAAAAGUUAGAGAAGCCUUCCAACCUCAGGAGCCUGACUUCCCUCCUCCACCACCUGACCUGGACCAGCUCCAUGUCAGUGACGAGCAGGCACCACCUAAGCCCCCCUUGCCAGAAGGCGAGGUGCCCCCGCCUCGGCCCCCUCCUCCAGAGGAGAAGGAUGAAGAGUUCCCAGAGCAGAAGGUUGGAGAAGUGCUCAGUGAGCCCAUGAUGGUGGCCGCCAGGCAGCUGCACGAUGAAGCUCGCAAGUGGUCCAGCAAGCCUGAGGAAGAGGAGGCAGUAGAGGAGAGGGAGGUAGAUGAUGAAGAUGAGUUUACUGAUGGUGAGGAUGACUAUGAGCCAGAACUUCUGAUGAUGCCCUCCAACCAGCCUGUCAAUCAACCCAUUCUGGCAGCUGCCCAGUCUCUCCACCAGGAGGCGCGCAAGUGGUCCAGCAAGGGUAACGACAUCAUAGCAGCAGCCAAGCGGAUGGCUCUGCUAAUGGCAGAAAUGUCUCGAUUGGUGCGUGGUGGAAGCGGGAACAAACGAGCGCUGAUUCAGUGCGCUAAGGACAUCGCCAAGGCCUCAGACGAGGUGACGAGACUGGCUAAAGAAGUGGCCAAGCAGUGCACUGACAGACGCAUCAGAACUAAUCUGCUACAGGUGUGUGAACGAAUACCAACCAUCAGUACUCAGCUGAAGAUUCUCUCUACUGUUAAAGCCACAAUGCUGGGACGGACAAAUAUUAGUGAAGAGGAGUCAGAGCAGGCCACAGAUAUGUUGGUUCAUAACGCCCAGAAUCUGAUGCAGUCAGUGAAGGAGACCGUCAGAGAAGCAGAAGCAGCCUCCAUCAAGAUCCGCACUGACGCAGGAUUCACGCUUCGCUGGGUACGCAAGACCCCCUGGUACCAAUAAACAAACCUGGUCACUGAAACUAGUAACACUGUUAUCUUAUCUCUGAUAGCACACACCGGGAGUAGAAGUAGCAACGUGCAUACUCGUCAUGAGUAAACAUGUGCAUUUCUUCAAAGAGGAAACUGCAGGUGAUUUUGAUCCAUUCAUCAUUGUAGUAACCGGAGGCAGUUUAAAAUAUAUAUUUUUGGUAUGUUGUGUUACAAGAGUUUACCCAAAUCCCAGGUAUAUAUUUUUUGCAUGAAAUUUUUUUCUAUUUUCUAAAGGCAAAUUGUGACAUGAAGAUAUGUAUCGCCUAGAGGAAAUUUACUUUUAAUUCAGUUUUUUCCAGUGCGAGUUUCUUAUUGUCUAUUGUAUAUACAGUAAUUAUUUGUUUUAUGGACAACACACACAGCUAUGAGCUUUAUACACUGAGUUUGACACUAAAGUGUGGGCUGGUGAGCUCUCCUUUCUUCAUGUUUACUUUUAGUAAUAACAAUGUUCUUAACUGAAGAUCUAUGAAUUCAAAGGUGAUCAAAGGUGAAUAUCAUCGCUGCUGUCCGGUGAUGUUUCUACUUGAAGAACUAAAAGGUCUUUUGGAUUUAAAGUGUUAUGAUUUACAGGCAAAUGAUACAAGUUUCAGAAGUGAUUGUAUAAUUAGAAAAAAUGUAUGGUUGUCAAUAAAAAGUUUUUUGUUUUUGUUGAUUGCAGGAAGGUUGAUAUUUAAUAGAUAAGAGGUUUUCACUUGACAGUUGCAGUAUGAGUGACAGUAAGCGUAAAGGUCGAGGUGAGGCGAGAUGUUUUGAAUUCUUUGUUUUAACUUUAUUUAACUUUCACAGUGAGAGAUGCCAAAGGAUUUGUUUUAACAUUACUAUAAGCUUAAUAAAGUUAUCUUAACAGUCAGUAAAAAUCCAGGUAAUUGCAAACAACAGGACAGGCCAUUUUCUUUAGAGAACCUGGAGAACCUUUUUGAGGUCUGUUAUUUUUUCAGAGAAUGUUUACUCUCACAUUUUAUAAACUAAUUGUAGUGUUUUUUCUGCACUAUCUAUGUAACAGUUGAACUGUUUGGAUUUCUUAAUUUAUCUAAAUUCAUCAAAAACAUUGAUUUUAGACUUUUCUCUAUGUGUGAGCUCAGCAGCCCACCUGUGAAUGCUCUGACUCAUAUCAUUUUAAGAUUUAAGGUCACAGAUUUUCUAGACAACCCCGGUGGUUUGAGAAUAAAAACAACCUUUUUUUAUGUGACAUCAGUCACUGAUGCCAGUCUAGCAGUCUAGUUUUAGGGAUUUAUGACUGCUAACUCAAUAUUGUGCGCGUCAGAUCAGUGAAUGCAUAUUUUCAUUCCCUAAACACCAUUUCACCGUUUUUUUUUGUUUUUUUUUACAGUGGCUGGACAAAUGUAACUGUUAAAUGGAUAAUGUGUGUGUGUGUGUGUGAAGCCUCUUCAGUUAAACAGUAGCUAAUUAGUGAGCCGACAGUGUGCUCCAACAGCGGCACAGAAUUUUAACUGCAUUUUCAUCUUUAUUUGGGCCUACUGAGCAUGUAGCAGCCGCUGACCCCUCACUCAGAGCCACAGGGUGUACUUCUGUGUGUACUUGAUGUGUUCAUUCACACCCUGAAUGUAUUCAGAUAGCUUCUAGCCCUGCCAACACAUCUGCUGUGCCUUGGAAGAAUAAAAGACUAUAAUGACCGGG